AUGAGCUUGAUGAAUGGUGUAUUCAGGACUUAUUUGGACAAAUUUGUGUUGGUAUUUCUGGAUGACAUUUUGGUGCUUUCGAGAUAUGUUGAGGAUCAUGAGGAUCAUUUGAGACAGGUUUUACAGUGCUUGAGGGAGAAUCACCUAUAUGCCAACCUAGCGAAGAUUGGGUUCUUUCAGUCGGAGCUCAGGUAUUUGGGUCAUGCUAUUUCAGGAGAGGGUAUCGCAGUUGAUCCCUCGAAGAUUCAGGCGAUAGUGGAUUGGCCAGAACCCACUAAUGUGGGUGAGGUGCGUAAUUUUAUGGGUCUAGUUGGUUAUUACCGCAUAUAUGUACAAGACUUUUCUAGGAUUGCUCACCCUAUUACUUCUCUCCAGAGGAAAGGGAAGAAAUUUGUUUGGUCAGAACGUUAUGAGACAACUUUCAGGAUUCUUAACGAGAGGUUGACUAGUGCACCGAUUCUUGCAGUUCUAGAUCCUCUUGGUGAUUUUAUGAUUUGUACAAAUGCUUCAUUGGAGGGUCUAGGAGCGGUGUUGAUGCAAAAUGAUAGAGUUAUAGCAUAUAAGUCACGAAAAAAUCAAGGAUCAUGA